AUGAAAACCAGCCCCCAUCAGCCACUGAUUCUCAAAAGACGGAGGCCGCCCUUACCUGUUCAAAAUGCUCCAGGUGAAACAUCAGAGGAGAAGCCUAAAAGGCCCUCUGUCCAACAAGAGCCUGGUGAUGCACAGGCCUCCAGUGAGGUGGCAGAGUCCACCUCUUGCAAGUUUCCAGUUGGGAUCAAGAUUAUUAACCACCCCACUAUGCCCAACACCCAAGUGGUGGCCAUCCCCAACAAUGCCAAUAUCCAGAGCAUCAUCACAGCAUUGGCGGCCAAAGGCAAGGAGAGUGGCAGCAAUGGGCCCAACAAAUUCAUCCUCAUUAGCUGUCGGGGAGCCCCACUCACCCUCCAGAAUCCCAACCUGAAGCCCAAACCAGCAAUGAUUCCAAGAGGACAGAAGGGAUCACCAAGACCCUGGGACCAAAACCUGCAGCUACGGAUGUGA